AUGGAGGAAGAUGCGCAGCAGCGGAUCACGUAUCUGCUGCAGGAAAUUGAUGCGAAUAUAUGUGCGGCACAUCGUUCAGCUACACAGAUUUGCGGCACUGUACGAAGACAUCACCAGAUUCUGCGGCAGAUUCACGAGUCCUCGCGUGUCUGGCGGCCACUUUUCGACUCGUUCACGCAGCAGCCAGCAGCACGACGAAGUACGCGCACACCGUCGCGUUUUUCGAGGUCGUGUACGCCUAAAUCGAUUAAAAAUGGAGAGACGAGACAUCAUCGCACUAUAGAAGACGAUGAGGAUCUCGAAGACACUUCGUUUGUGAGUAGAGAGCAGACGUUCAAGACCACGACGCUCAAGAAAGGUCAGCCGUCUGCAAGUGAUCGUCGCAAUGUCUCAGCAGACGAGGACAGUCUUGACGCAAGUAUUAGUAGUGACAAUUUACCAAGAAUGUCAAGGACACCGUACAUGUCGAAAUCAGAGUUUCGAUCAAGUGCUAAAACGCAGGAAUCGACAUCGACACUUAACUCGAGUGAUCGUGAACGCUGGUUAACGUCGCCACCUCGGACCGGGAUAAUAUCGAAAGAUCCAUUAAAGACAGGGAGUGAUGGACCACGACAGAUCUCGACCCCUCCUUCGACAAUUAGUAGUGUGGGAUAUAACAACAACAGCCCUGGUAUUAGCAGAAAUUUGAUGAAGAUGGGUGCAUUUGAGUACACUCCACCACGUGGGAAGAAAACUAAAUCUUGCGAGGAGGAGAAAGAAAUGGACCAGACGACCGACUCUGUUGACACACCUUACCACCCAGAGUUUAGCACGGUUCGAUUAUCAAUUGCAAAUGAGGUUGAACCGAAUGCUGAUAAUGUGCUAAAAACGUCGAGGUCACCCGAAAAUGCCUCUAGUCGGAAGCGAAUACGGUCGGAUGCUGGCGAUACAAGACGAACACCAGUGUACCCAAAAACUCAUUACCCUGCGAAAGCUACGUCUCCAUUUACGUCUCCUAGUUUGCGCAGGAAAUACAGCAGUAUAAGCAAUAUGUCAUCGCCGAGUCACCGACGUAUUACCGAGGGACAGACACCAGUAGCGGCAACACCACCACGACAACAGAACGAGGCACUGUUAGAUGAUGACACGCCCAGGACUCCCGAAUUUGAUAUGACGUCACCGUUGUUACGAACGCAGCUCAAGGCAAUGACACCAAACACCCCGCUGUCAAACCGUCUCGUUGGUGCUAGUCUUGAUAUUGGCAGUGUUUCACAGGAGACACGGUUGCGAGACUACGAUGACUCUGCAGGGGAGCCGAUACCGAAGUUUGAACUCUCGCUACUACCAGCUGCAUUUCAGCGAGGCAUUGGUGCCGUCCAGGUGUCGACAUUGUACAAUAAAUUUCAAGGAAGUGAUAAGGACUCACCAGCAAUUAGCGUUGACCAACUUGUGGAAAUGCUGCCUGACUACGGGAAAGAGAAGAUUGAGAUCUUGCUGGACACGUUAGUAUCCAGACGACUACUACGACCGUUUGUCGUAGAGGGCACAAUGUUUUGGCAAAAGGCGAUAUAA